CUACAAAUCAAAAUUGAAAAUGCGCCAAUUAUCAUGAUAUUGUCGCCGCAGUAACUAUUCCUCAGAAAUGUUAUUUCUCCUCACGAGAACGAUGCGUCUGAUCAGAUCGUACUGUUAUCACUUAUCGGCUGUGGUCUUGUACGGGGAUGGUCAUACAUUAUACGACCACGAUUAUAUAACAUGCUUUUUAUUUCUGUUUUUAUUUUAUUUCGUCGAUUAUCGUAAUCUUCAAAAUCUUACAGAAGAGAUUAGAAAGUAUUUUAAAUUAAGAAGCAAGCAAUAAUAUCCUAGAAUAAAAACUAAAUUUGAGGCAAUAGUAAAAAUGUUUUAAAAAUUAACAAACGAUAAGUAUCGAAUUAUUCAACAAUUAGAUUAUAUCUUUGCGUGAUUUAUUUUUUGAUAGAAUUGAAAGAAUUCUUUUGAUUAUACUUUAUUGUUAAUUUUAAUAAGAAGCUCGCGUUAAUGAAAAGCUUAAUAAUAAUUCAGAUCGCGGUCAAAAGAUCCAUUAUCAGAAGCGGAAAAAUUAAAUUUCAUCAAAUCUCUUAAUUAAAGAUAUAUGAGAUGAUUGAUCGGGAAAUCGAAAUCGAGAUUGUCGAUUAUUUGAUUCCAGCAUAGAACUACACCGUCAGACGGAUGAUGGUUAUACAAUAUCAAUAGCGUCGCGGCACCCGCGACCGCGUAGGUGUGUGUGACUCGGUAGGAAUGUAAGACAGAGAUUUCUCGGUUGAGAGCAUGCUGGCAGUGGUGGUAGCUGUGGUCACGAGAGGUGGUGGGUGAGACUCGAACCUCGAGGUAGCAUCGCGAUACCUCGCGCGUUUAGUUGGCGCGCGGGAUCCCGGCGAUUGGGACGGUCGAAUAAAGACACUCCGUGCAAGAAAAAGAGAGUAGGGGAUAAGGGAGAUAUACAAGAGGAGCAAGAGAGAGAGAGUAACGAGCGACCGCACGACGAGUGACGACGACGACCCGAGACGAAGACGAAGACGACGAUCGAAUCUCUCUGAGAAAAAAAAAAAGAAAAAAGUUUCUCUCAUAAUUCUCCCAAGUUUUGUUCUCGCGCGAGCUUGUAGAAUUCUCGAGUCGAGUGUGUGCGUCUCGUUUGUCUGCCUCGGGGGGUUGAGAGUGAUCCAGGAAUAAGCGACUACUCGCCGUCGCAGGUGUCGCCGAGGAAACGCUCGGUUUUAGAAAGGAAGGAAAUCUCCCUCUCUCUCGGAAGGAAAAGCGCUCAUCCUUCCCCUAGGAUAUCCGGAUACCUCGCUUCAAUACUCUGAGACGUCUGCGAUUGACGAGCUACGAUAGACAUCGAGCUCAGGAAGAAACCGCGAAAGCAGGUUGGAUGGUGCCGCAGGUCGGCGCCAUUUGAACCGACGUGCCAGGCGAAGGGAACAGAUUUCUCCCUCGAUCACGCGAACGAGACCGGGUGUCCCGGUGUGUAGAGACAGGUGCGAAGGCGUGCCUCCACAAUGGGGGUCGCCGACGACUUCGCGCCCAGCUUCACGCAGAAGCCGCAGCUGCGGCAGGAGGACGACGGCAACCGGCUGAUAUUCGAAUGUCAGCUGGUGAGCUCGCCUAAACCCGACAUCGCCUGGUUCCGCGGCGAGACCGAGCUCAGCCAGGAUGACAGGACCAACUUCAAGAUGCAGAGCAUCGGGACCAACAAGUUCCUGGUGGUGCUCGAACUCGACGAUGUCAUCGAGACCGACGCCGGCCUCUACAAGGUCAAGGCGAAGAACAAGAUGGGCGAGGUCGCCGCCUCUAUCAACCUCAAUUUUAGUCCAAUGGAUGAGCCUAGAGAGAAACAAAUUGACGGUAUCGCGCCGACUUUCGCGAAGAAGCCCGCGAUAAGACAGGAGGACGACGGCAAAAGGCUGCUCUUCGAGUGUCGCAUCACAGCCGAUCCCACGCCGAAAAUUACAUGGUUUCAUAGCGGGAACAUGGUCAAGGAUUCGUCAAGGCACAAGCUGACCGUCGAUAAAGAUGGCCACUCGUACUUCGCCACCCUGGAAAUAAAAAAUGUGACCGUCGAGGAUGCUGGCAAAUAUAAGGUCACGGCGAAGAACGAGCUUGGCGAAUCUAACGCUACGAUUUCCCUGAAUUUCGACAGCGACGAGGCACCCGUACCCGAAGACGGUAUUAAACCGACUUUCACCGAACGACCGGUCAUAAGACAAUCCGACGACGGUAACACCAUCACCUUUGAAUGCCGACUUGUCGGCGAUCCGAAACCUAGUGUCAAGUGGUAUCACGGUACCGAGGAGGUGAAAGAAGGCGGACGAUUCAACACGUCUCUGGAGCUCGAUCAGAAGCUGUAUCACCUCGCGAGGCUGAGGAUCGACAGCGUGGCAAAGGCGGACGCGGGCGAGUACAGGGCCGUGGCGAAGAACAAGCACGGCCAGGGGGUGGCAACUAUUAAUCUAAACUUCGAGGGUGGCGACAAGCUCAAAAUACCAGACGGUAAGCCGCCGCGCUUCCCGAAGAAACCAACGAUUCGCCAGGAGGGCGACGUACUCAUCAUGGAGUGCAUCCUGGAGGCACACCCGGUGCCGGACAUAACGUGGUACCAAGGUCAGAAAGCGAUCGCCGACAGCAAGCGCGUGAAAAUGUUGCGCAAGGCCACCGGCAAGGACGCGUACCUGCUGACCCUCGAGAUCUCGAAUCCGACCAAGGCCGACGGUGGAAAUUACCGUUGCAACGCCUUUAACAACUUCGGCGAGAGUAACGCCAACAUCUCCCUCAACUUCCAAGAGGAGGGCGCGGGUUUCGCUCCGUCCUUCGUCGAGAAACCUCGCAUCAUCCCGAACGAGAACGGUACGCUGAUCACUAUGAAGUGCAAGUGUAAGGCAAACCCCAAGCCGGAGGUCACGUGGUUCCGCGGCACCAGCGUAGUCAAGGAAUCGUCGAAGAUCUCGAUCAAGAUCAAGACGGUCGAGGAGGAUAUUUACGAGCUUAUCAUGGAAAUAAAGGAUCCGUCGGCACCGGACGGCGGGACGUAUAGGUGUCACGUAAAGAACGAGUACGGCGAGAGUAACGCCAAUCUGAAUUUGAAUAUCGAAGCGGAACCGGAACCGGAGGGAGACGGACCGACGUUCGUGGAGAAGCCGCGGAUACAGUCGCAAAACAAGGGCAAGCUCGUUAUUAUGGAUUGCAAGGUCAAGGCGAAGCCGAAACCGCAGAUCGUGUGGACCCGCGCCGGUAAGGUGGUAAAGGAGUCUUCGAAGAUCUCCAUCAACAUCGUCCAAGAGAAGGAGGACAUCUACUACAUCAAACUGAGCCUGAACGAUCCAGGACCAGACGAUUCCGGCCUUUACAAGUGCAACAUCAAGAACGAACUCGGUGAACUCAACGCCAAUCUUACGCUGAACGUCGAGAUUAUACCCGUAAUUAAAGAGAAGCCGAAAGUUGUGAAGAUCGUCAAAAAGAAGACCGUGGUAGUCGAAUGCCACGUUCUUUCCCAAUUUGCGCCCGAUUGCACCUGGUUCAAGGAGACUCAGGCCGUUAAAGAGGAUAGCAGGCACAAAUUACAUAUCGAGCAAGUCAAAGAAGGUGAAUUUGCCGUCAAACUCGAAAUCGAACAAAUGUCGGUGACAGACAAAGGCGUGUACAAAUUAGUAGCACGCAACGAAAAGGGAGAAGCUACCUCGCAAGUAGUCGAAGUAACAGAAAUUCCAGAUCAAGGAGAGAAACCGAAAAUUGUUACCGGCCUUAAAUCAAUUACUGUCGAAGAAGGCAAAACAGUCGAACUCAUCGCCAUUCUCGCAACGCAAGAUCGGAAAGUCACCGUCACGUGGUACAGAGAUUCAACGGUCAUUAAAGCGUCGAAGGACAUCAUGAUUUCCUUUAAUGGCCUGGACAUAAAAUUGACCAUCACUUCGGCAUCAACGGAAUUGUCGGGAACGUAUAAAGUUGUCGUGAGCAACGAAUAUGGACAAGACGAAUCGUCGGCCCGACUCGUCGUUAAAAAGAAAGAGGAGAAAAAGAAGGACGAAGAAGAGGAAGAAAAGAAGAAGAAAAAAGUCGAAAAGAAAGAGGAAAAGAAAGAGGAAGAGAAGAAGGUGGAGAAGAAGGUCGAAGAGAAAAAGGAGGAAAAGAAGGAAAAGAAAGAGGAGAAGGUAAUAAGUUCAAUAUGGGACGACGAGGGUGAAGAAUCAGAAGAAUAUGAGGAGGAGGAGGAAGAAGAGGAAGAAGUGGUGAGUGUAAUUGAGUCCAGCAUUAUCAGCACAGAAGCCAUUCUCGAGGAAACGGACUCUGAAGUAAUCUCUCGCGUCGAGGAUAAGCCCGAUCUGAAACCGAAUGGUAUCUAUAAACCAGAGAUUGGGAAGAAAAUGGAGAUUUUACAGAAGGACGAAGAAAUCGUAAAUAAUGUCGAAGAAAGAAAAUCUAUUAAGAAAAAACCUGCCGAGAAAGUUGAAGAUAAAAAAGAAGAGGAAAAGAAAAAGAUUAUAAAGAAAAAAGAGCCCGAAUCCAAAGAGGUAUCUCAAGAAACUAAAUCCGAGAAAACUAUAACAGCUCGCAAAGAGUCAGUCAGUAAAGUGCAAGAACUCAAGACAGAAAGCCGUCGCAGCUCGAUUAUCAAGACCCAGAUAACGGAUGAUGGCACUGCAACACCACGACGUCUUUCUAUACAGAAGACGGAAGAAGAAUUCAAAGUGGAAAGCAGACGAUCCUCCGUCAUAGAAAAGAAGAAAGCGACCGUCGAAAAGAAUGUACCCGAAUUUAGACCAAGAACCGUUUCGCGAACAAUUGAAAACGAGAACACAUUCACAUCGAAGACCAAGCUACAUAUACACGCACCCGAUGAAGAGAUUCAGGAUAUUUGGUCGUUUAAACCGACAGAGCGCGAUAAGGAUAAACCGGUAAGAAAUUACGAGGAAACCACCAAGUCCAGAGUAACUUCGUACGUUCGCGAAACCGAUCGUAAACCAAAGGAUACACCUCAAGCUGCGAUUACGCCUCGCAUGCGUGAUUCGGAUGAUGAACUUGAGGAUGCGUGGAGAAUUCAUAAUCCGGGAGAACGUGAUAAUGAAUCUGCGCCACAUUACAGAGAUACAUCACCAGACAAAACAUACAAACCUUACACACCCGCAAACAAAACAUACGCACAAGAGAAAUUUGAAGUCAGAUCACAAGAUAAAAUACUUCCACAUGACACAACGACAAAUACAACACAUCCGCAAAAAUCUGACAAGAAAAUUGAGGAUGCUUCGAAAGAAAAAACACAUUUGCGUGACACAUCUACGAGUAAAACACUUCCACAUAAAACCGACGAAAUUUCAAAAGAUAACAUACUUCCACGUGACACACCCACGCAUAAAAUACAUCCGCAAAAAUCUGACGAAGAGAUUGAGGAUAUUUGGCCGAGCAAAAAACGCGAUACUGACUUUAAAAAACGUGACAAAGAUACUCCGAAAGAGAAAAUACACUUGCAUGGCACAACUACGAGUAAAACACUUCCACAUAAAAUCGACGAAGUUUCGAAAGAUAAGAUAUUUCCACGUGAUACACCCACGCAUAAAAUACGUCCGCAAAAAUCUGACGAAGACAUUGAGGAUAUUUGGGCGAAUAAAGAACGCGAUACUGACUCUAAAAAACGUGAUGAAGAUACUUUGAAAGAAAAAACAUAUUUGCGUGACACACCUAUGAGUAAAAUACUUCCACAUAAAAUUGAUGAAGUUUUAAAAGAUAAGACACUUCCACGUGACGCAAUCACAAGUAAAAUACAUUCGCAGAAAUCUAACGAAGAGGUCAAGGAUAUUUCGCCGACAAAGCCAAAAGAGCGCGACGUAGAUUCCAAGAAACAUGAUAAAGAUAUAUUGAAAAAUAAAACACCUUUGAGUGAAAUACCCACAGCUAAAACACAGCCAUACAAAUCCGAUGAAGUGCCAAAAGACAAGUCACUUCUACGUGAUACACCCAUAGCUAAAACACAACCAUAUAAAUCCGAUGAAGUUCCGAAAGACAAGACACCUCUACGUGAUACAUCCACGGUUAAAACACAGCCGCACAAAUCUGAUGAAUUAUUAAAGAUUAAACCGUAUCUACCCGAUACAGACAGAACACAUUCACACAAAUCUGAUGACAAAAUUGAGGAUUUGCCAAAAGUUAAAGAUAAAUCAUCUCGUCGUCAAUCUGACGAAGAAAUCGAGGAUAUUUGGUCCAAGCGGAAGGAACGUGAAGAUAGAUCACACAAAAAUAAUGAGGAUUCACCCAAAGCUAAAGAUAAACUAUCCCGCCGUCAAUCCGACAAAGAAAUCGAGGAUAUUUGGUCCGAGCGAAAAGAACGUGAACGUAGACCGCACAAAAAUGACGAGGAUACACCGAUAACUAAAAUUCAGAGACGUGUGUCCAAAUCUGAUGAUCGAACUGAUGUAGAUAGCUCACCUUUGGACAAACCAAAAGUGCGUGAAGUUAAAUUCACGCUAGAUAAUGAGGACAAAUCGGCGCCGAAAUCGAAAGGACGCGACGAUAGACACGUCUCAUAUCAUGAGGACACCGCGAAUCUCACAGACACAUCACACAAACCUUCACUCGACCGAGAUGUCAAAACUUACUAUACACAUUACAAUUACGACGUAUGGGCACCGAAAUCUAUCGAGCGCGAACAGAAUUCUGUCACAAUCGAUAAGGACGUUUCUCUACCUAGCACUAAACUACAAACGCACGAAUCCGACGAUGAUAUUGAGGAUAUUUGGGCUUCGACAGCCGAGGAUGAUGCUCCGAAACCUAUCAAAAUACUGGAGGAUUCGCGGAAUUCCAGAGUUACGCCGUAUAAGAACGGUGACAAAGUCGAGCAGGAGAAACCUGUAUCCGCACCUAAACCUGCAUCCAAACCUAGGGGCAGCGUAAGCAAAGAACCCACGGAGGGCGAUAUACCUGAACACAAAAUAGACGAGAACAAAUUCAAAAAGAGCAAAGACACUGAUUCUACACUUGAUAAGGAGGAAGUGCCUAAGAAAAAGCCGUCCACUAGACGUAGGUCGUCGACUAAAUCAACGGAAGGAUCUGAGGACCAAGAACAAGUUUUGAAACCAAAGAAGAAGAAAUCUAAACCCGUGGAUGAGUCUAAGAAAGAGGAAUCGACUACAAAAUCGAAAACUCUCGGAAAACCGGAAGCACCCAAGGAGGAAGCUAAGCCUAAACCGGCAGAUGCGAAGGUGGAACCGAAAGCCAAACCCAAAGCGGAGGAAGUAAAGGAAGCACCAAAGGCCAAACUUAAACCAGACGAACCGAAGGAGGAACCGAAAGCUAAGCCUAAAGCAGAGGAAGUAAAGGAAGCGCCCAAAACCAAGCCAAAAUCAGACGAACCAAAGGAGGAACCAAAAGCUAAACUUAGAACGGAGGAAGUGAAGCAUACAACGACACUUAAGCCCAAACCAGAAGAAGACAAGGUCAAGGAAAAGUCUAAGGCUAAACCAGAGGAAUUAAAGGAGAUACCGAAGGCUCAACUUAAGCUAGACGAACCGAAGGUGGAAUCAAAAGUUAAACCCAAAGCAGAGGAAGCGAAGGAAGAGGAACCCGCGACGAAACUUACAGCUAAACCACAAGUACCAAAGAAGGAAGAAGAAACCACUAGGAAAAGUCUGAGAUCUGCCAAGCAACUCGAGGAAGAAAAGAAAACUCUAGAGAAAGUCGAGCUUAAGCCAAAGGAUGCCACCGUGACCAAACCGAAAUCCCGUAUACUACCACCGAAACAAGAAGUUAAAACCGAAAGCUUUCAGGGGAUUCAGCUUAAACCUGUUUCGAAGGAUCCGAAACAGGCUCAGCAGGCUGAAAAUGGCAGGGUGGAACUUAAGAAAACCGAGAAGGCGGAGAAGCUCGAUGUAAAGAAGAGGAAAGCCUCGAAAGCGACAAAGGAGGCUGAUUACGAGCUUCCGGAGAUCCCAGAUUAUGAAAGGCCCGUUCUCGAGAAACCUCAGGAAUUCCAAUUCGGCGAGUUUGUGCCUCGCGAUAAGACGAAGCUCGAUAGACCGGCCACGCAGAAAUUCGAUUCUAAGCCGAAAUUACCGGAGAUCAAGGCGCCCGAAACACCCAAGAUCGAAGUGAUCAAGGACGUGACGCCAAUCGGCAGCAGGAAGGGCUCCUUAGUACCCGGAAGUGGCACCAGCAGUCGACGCGGUUCUCUCAUACCGCCUGAGGAAUUGGGUCGCAGACCUAGCCUGAUCAUCAGUGACGAGGAGCAUAGGAAGCUUCGUCCCGGCGAGGUGGUGGACGAGCGCAAGACUAAGCUCGGCCGACCAGGCGCGCUGCAGGAUAAAGAGCGUCGUCGUCCGAGCACAGCGGACAUCAGAAGACCCAGCGUGGCGGACCUCGAGAAUAAGAUCAAUCAGCCUAGCACACCUCUACGAGAUGUCGGACCAGCUGGACCACCCCAAAUCGUCGAUGUCCAGGAAUCGUACUCCGCCGUCGAAGACUCGACGGCGUAUCUCACCGUCGCGGUGGAGGGUACACCUGCGCCAACUUUCAAGUUUUACAAGGGCAUCACCGAGAUUAUCGAAGGUGGCCGCUUCAAGUUCCUCACGGAUUCGGAGACCAACACGAUUACCCUCUGCAUGAGGAAGACGAAGCCCAACGACGAGGGCACCUACAAGAUCGUCGUGAGUAACAUCCACGGCGAGGAUUCUGCUGAGAUGCAGCUCUAUGUUUCUGACGCCAGUGGCAUGGACUUCCGUACUAUGUUGAAGAAGAGAAAGUAUCAAAAAUGGGGACGAGAGGAGGCCGAGCAAGAGAAGGUGGACUUGAAAGAAGUUGAGAAGCCCAUGCCGGCGUUGAAGAAAGUGGAAAGGAAACAAGAGAGCUUCCUGAAGCCACUGGUGGAUCAAUAUGCCAAAGAGGGCAAGGACAAGAAGGUCGUCUUCGAAGCGAACUUUUCGAAACCGAACUGCAAACCGAAAUGGUUCUUCCGAAAGGAUGAAUUAUUCGCAUCGGCCAAAUAUAAAUUUAAAAACGAGGAAGAUUGCUAUCAGCUAAUCAUUAGUGGACCUAAAGUCGAAGAUACUGGAAAAUACACGAUCGAAAUUGCCGGGGUAUCCAGCACAGGAUUCCUCAAUGUGGACGAACCUGAUCCAACAUAUACGUUCACAAAACCGCUGCCGAAGAAAAGCAGUGGCUUCACCAAGCACGAGACUUACAUGGAGUGUACAGUCAGUUCCAAUCUGGCACAAGUUUCCUGGUAUAAAGGCAAGACGAAACUCGAGGAUGGAGACCAGUUCAGUAUCUCGAAAGACAUGUCCGGCGUAUGUCGGCUAACGAUCAAAAGCGCAACCCUCGAGGAUAGUGGCGAAUACAGUUGCAAGAUAAGCAAACAGACGGAUAAGACAGAUACUGUUCUUACUGUAGUCGAAUAUCCUUACAAGUUCGUCAAAGUGUUGAAGCAUCAGCAGCUGGUAGAAAAGGAGACACUGACCUUGCUUUGCGAACUCGAUGAUGCUGCGGGUGAAGUUCAAUGGUUUAAGGGUGACCAAGCGAUCACACCUGACAAAAGAGUGCAAAUCAAGGAAGAUGGCAGGAAACGAAAGCUUGUUAUUAAAGACUGCAAAGUCACCGAUGCCGGGCUGUAUUCUUGUGUGAGCAACGCCGAUAAAACGGAAGCCGAAAUUGUGAUUAAUUACGCCAAUCGCUUCAACAAGAAGUUGAAGGACACGGUUGCGAUAGAGAGAGAGAAGCUGGUGCUGGACGUCGAGCUUCAGGAUCAGACCGCGCCGGCCGUAUUCUACUUCAACGGCCAAAAAAUCGAGCCCAACGAGAGAAUAGAGAUCAAGAAUCUCGGCGGUGGUAAACAUCAGUUGGUCUUCAACAAAGCGGAGAUGACGGACGACGGUGAGAUUAUGUGCGAGAGCGGUCAGCUGACCAGCAGCUGCAAGCUCACCGUGAAGAAGGGCGAGAGCAAGCCUAUCGUCGAUUUUCCCGAUAAGGUCGAAGGACCUUGCAGUGCACCGUUGAUCUUUGUUGUGCCUUUCAAAGUCGAUGGCACCAAGCAAAGUCAAGUGGAAGCAAAACUGAUGAAAGAUGGUAAACCGCUACCUCUCAAGGAAGUCGAGAUUGUUGUCGGCGAGGAUAAAAUUACGUAUAAGAUCAAGAAACCUCAGCGCGAGUCAUCCGGAAUCUAUCAGAUAAAGAUCGGUAACAAUCAAGGCGAAGAAGUAAAGGACGUCAACAUUGUUAUGCAAGACGUUCCAUCUUCACCGUACGACGUUGAGGUCAACGAGAUUUUCCAGAACUCCUGCGUCGUGUCGUUUAAGCCGUCCAAGGAUGACGGCGGCACUCCUAUUACGAAAUACAUCAUCGAGCGUCUCGAUCUCAGCUUGAAAUCUCAAUGGGAUAACGUGGGCGAAGUCAUGUUGGGCGAGAAAUGUGUCUACAAAGUUGCAGAUCUUGUUGCGAAGAAGGAGUACAAGUUCCGCAUACGAGCCGUAAACAAGCUCGGUUCCAGCGAACCGGCAAUGUUCGCCAAGCCUGUCUUAGCCAAGGAUCCAUGGGAUGAGCCAGGCAAACCGACAAACGUCGAUGUAACCGACUGGGAUAAAGAUCAUGCUGACUUGACAUGGACGAAACCAGAGAAUGAUGGCGGUGCACCGAUCACUGGUUACGUAAUCGAGUACAAAGAGAAAUUCGGCAAGGAAUGGGUGAAGGGCAAGGAGAUCGAGGGUGACGUCACUCAAGCGACUAUUGACGGUCUAAAGGAAGGCACGCAAUACGAGUUCAGAAUACGGGCGGUGAACAAGGCCGGUCCCGGUGAACCGUCCGACGCCACGAAACCGAUCAUCGCCAAAUGCCGAUUCGUCAAACCAUACAUCAUCGGCGAAGGUCUUACAAACCUGGUUGUCAAAAAAGGUCAGGUCAUCAAGUACGACAUCAAGUACGCUGGCGAGCCGGAUCCGGAGGUACAUUGGUUGCUCGGUCAGAAGGAGAUUGUCCAAGACGCGGCCGAGAGGAUCACGAUCGACAAGUACGAGAGAAAUACUGUGUUGACAGUCAGAAGGACUACCCGACCUGAUUCCGGAAAAUACAAAUUGGUGCUGACGAACAGUUCCGGUACAUGCGAGAGCAUCGCCGACGUCGUCGUUUUAGACAAACCAUCGGCUCCAUUAGGACCGCUCAAAGUAGAAGAAGUCCGCGCCGAUCACGUCAAGGUCAAAUGGGAUUCACCCGAGGACAACGGCGGUACCGAUAUCACGGGCUAUGUGUUGGAAAAGAUGGACUUAGACACCGGACGAUGGAUUCCAGCUGGAGAAGUCGGCCGCAACGAGAAGACCUUUACGUUCUCUGGCCUGACGCCCAAGAAGAAGUACAAGUUCCGCGUCAAAGCGGUCAACAAGGAAGGCGAGUCCGAACCCUUGGAGGUUGAGGAAGCUAUUCUCGCGAAGAAUCCUUACGAUGAGCCUGGCAAGCCUGGCAAGCCGGAAAUUUUCGACUACGACAAUGUCAGCGUGUCGCUGAAAUGGGAGAAACCAAAGAGCGAUGGUGGCAGACCGAUCACUCACUACAUCGUCGAGAUGAAGGACAAAUUUGCCGCCGACUGGAUCGAAGUGAUGAAAACUACCGAUUCGACUCCCGAGGCUAAAGUUGAAGGCCUCAAGGAAAAGAUGGUGUAUCAAUUCCGCGUUCGCGCUCACAACAAGGCCGGUCCUGGCGAGCCCAGCGAUCCCACGGACAAUCAUCUUUGCAAACAUAGGAAUUUGAGACCAAGAAUCGACCGGACCACCUUCAAGUCCAUCAUCAUCAAAGCUGGUCGCACGCAUAAAUGGUCUGUGGAUGUGUCUGGUGAACCACCGCCAGAGAUUAAGUGGAUCUGGAGGGAUAAUAUCCCGCUGACCACUACCGAACGCAUCAAGAUCGACAAUGUCGACUAUCAUACAAAUUUCACAAUCGUCAAUGCGAUGCGCAAGGAUACCGGAAAAUAUACCCUAAUCGCCGAGAACGCUAACGGCAAGGAUGAGGAAACCGUCGAACUCACAGUACUCGGAAAACCGAGCGCUCCUAAAGGACCUCUGGAAGUAAGCGACGUCACCAACACUACGGCUAAGGUGAAAUGGGAGAAGCCGGAGGAUGACGGUGGUGUGCCGAUCAAAGAAUACGAGAUCGAGAAGAUGGACACAAAAACCGGAAAAUGGGUCAGAGUGGGCAAAAUACCUGGAAAUUCGCCGAUCACGGAAUUUGAGGUGACUGGCCUGAAUCCCGGAAGCGAGUACAAAUUCCGGGUGACAGCUGUCAACGACGAGGGCGAUUCGGAGCCUCUGGAAAGCGAACGCGGCGUCGUCGCAAAGAAUCCAUAUGACGAACCUUUGAAACCUGGAACCCCCGAGAUUACCGAUUAUGAUAACGAGUCCAUAAGCUUGAAAUGGACUCCGCCCGAGUUCGAUGGAGGUGCACCGAUCGAGAAAUACAUUAUCGAGAAGAAAGAUCGGUAUAAGCCUGAUUGGGAGAAGGCUAUCGAGGUGCCUGGAGAUCAGCUUGAGGGCAAAGUACCCGAUCUGAAAGAAAGGGGUGAAUAUCAGUUCCGAGUCAUCGCUGUGAACAAAGCCGGACCCUCGCCGCCGUCAGACGCGUCGAAGAUGCAGAUCUGCAAGCACAAGGCUCUGAAACCAAGGAUUGACAGAACGAACCUGAAACCAAUUGUUGUGCGAGCCGGCAAACCCGUCAAGUACGACGUGGACGUGCGCGGUGAACCACCACCGGAGAUUAAGUGGUAUCACGCCGGCAACGAGGUGAAAUCCGCUGAGAACAUUGAGAUAGUCAACAUUGAUUACAAUACAAAACUCACCAUCUCCGAUAGCCUACGGAAGAAUACCGGCGUAUGGAAGGUCAAGGCUGUCAAUCCUCACGGCGAGGACGAGGCAGAGGUCGAAGUAACGAUAUUAUCUGCUCCCGGAAAGCCAAAAGGACCGCUCAAAGUGUCGGAUGUCACGAAGAACGGUUGCAAACUCAAAUGGGAUAAGCCGGAGGACGAUGGCGGCAAACCGGUCACUGGCUAUCAAGUAGAAAAACUGGACAAAUCGACCGGCAGAUGGAUACCCGUCGGUCGCACCGCGGAUACCGAGAUGGACAUAAAGGGUCUUCAAGAAGGGCAUGAGUACGAAUUCAGAGUAAAGGCUUUGAAUGAGGAAGGAGAAUCGGAGCCGCUCGUGACAGACGGCUCCACGCUCGCGAAGAACCCUUACGAUGUCACAAGUAAACCCGGAACACCAGAACUGGAGGAUUGGGACGUCGAUCGCGUUGAUCUUAAAUGGGAACCUCCGAAAAACACCGGCGGUGCACCGAUCACAGGCUAUAUCAUUGAGAAGAAGGAGAAACCUUCCUCGCAGUGGGAGGAAGCUGCCGUUACGGACUCGCCACAACCCAAAGGUCGCGUUACCGGCUUGAAAAAAGGUUCCACUUAUCAAUUCCGUGUACGCGCUGUUAACAAGGCUGGACCAUCGGAGCCCAGCGAUCCGACCAAACCACACGUUGCUAAAGCAAGAUUCCUAAUUUCUAGGAAUUAUAUAUACAUAAAAUUCCACACAUUUAAUAAUUAUAAGUUGGAGAUACAAAAUUAAAUUAAAACUUUAUUAUAAUUUAAUAAUAAAAUGUUCAUUUCAAAUUUAAUUAAUUUUAAUUUCAAAUUUUCUAAUAUAAAUUAAAAUUUGAUUUAUCUUUUACAUUUUAUAGAAAAUAAGAAAAUCGAUAACGAAGACUAUCUCACUAAGAUCCAGUUGACAAACACAAGUCGCAGAUUAACUGGCAAAUAUACCAUCAAAGCUGUAAACGAUUCCGGACAAGAUGAAGCUGACGUGGAGAUUAAUAUUCUCGACAAACCUGGAAAGCCGGAGGGACCAUUGGAAGUGACGGACGUACACAAGGAGGGUUGCAAACUGAAAUGGAGCAAGCCGAAGGACGACGGUGGUCUUCCUUUAUCCAGUUACAUAGUAGAAAAAAUGGAUGUGACGACAGGUCGGUGGGUACCGGCUGGUAUUGUGGACCCUGAAAAAACCGAGCAUACAAUUACCGGCUUGGAACCCGGCCACAAAUACGAAUUCCGUGUGAAGGCUGUGAAUGAGGAGGGUGAAUCGGAACCUCUGCAAAGCGAUGUCGCCAUCGUAGCCAAGAAUCCAUACGAUGCUCCGGCAGCACCUGGACUCCCAGAGAUCAUUGAUUGGUCGGAAAAUAUGGUGAAACUCAAAUGGGAGCCACCGAUAAGAGACGGCGGUGCACCAAUUACCGGAUAUAUUAUCGAGAUGAAAGAUAAGUUUGGUAGUAACUUUGUCAAAGCCGCUGAUGUCGAAGGGCCCAUAUGUACUGGCACAGUUCCCCGGUUGGAAGAGGGCAAUCAAUAUCAAUUCAGGGUACGCGCUGUCAACAAGGCUGGUCCUGGUGAACCUAGCGAGGCCACGAAUCCGCAUACUGCUAAAGCCCGUUGGCUGAAACCAUACAUUGAUCGCACAAAUCUGCAAGCUAUAACAGUGAAAGUCGGCCUCACCGUGACCCUAGAUGUGAACAUAAUUGGCGAACCACCACCAAAAGUGACUUGGACUUUCAAGGAGAAGGAACUCGUGUCAGAUGAUACGAUACGAAUCGACAACAUUGAUUAUAACACUAAAUUCUUCAUCCUGAAAACUAAACGCGCGCACACCGGCAAAUACGUGAUUAAGGCUAAGAACGAGGUCGGCGAAGAUACCGCCGAGGUAGAAAUUACCGUCCUCGGCAAGCCUAGCAAACCAAAGGGUCCGUUGGAAGUGACUGAUGUAAAUAAGCAUGGCUGCAAGCUUAAGUGGGACAAACCGGAAGACGAUGGCGGCUCACCAGUCGAGUAUUAUGAAAUCGAGAAGCUGGAUCCUCUCACGGGACAAUGGAUACCCUGCGGUCGCAGCACCGAGCCCGAAGCUACCAUCACCGGACUGCAAGAGGGCAAGCCUUAUAAAUUCCGCGUGAAAGCCGUCAACCGGGAAGGAGAGUCCGAUGAUCUGGAGGCAGACAAGUCUAUCAUAGCCAAAAAUCCGUUUGACGAACCGGGCAAGCCCGGUAGACCGGAACUCAAGAACUGGGACAAGGACUUUGUCGAUCUCGAAUGGACUCCGCCCAAGGAUGACGGAGGUGCACCGAUCGAAAAGUACAUUGUACAGAUGCGAGACAAAGAGGGUAGACAGUGGGUGGAUGUCGCCAAGGUCUCGGGAGAUCGCACGGCCGCUAAAGUGACCGACGGUAUCCAGGAGGGUCACGAGUACGAGUUCAGGAUUGUGGCGGUCAAUAGAGCCGGACCUGGCGAGCCCAGCGACACUUCGAAGAGCGUCGUCGCCAAGCCCCGAUUCUUGGCACCGCACAUCGAUCGCAAGAACCUUCAGAAGAAAGUCAUGCGAAUCGGCCAAAUGCUGCGGCUCGAGGCCGACAUCAAGGGCGAACCGCCUCCGGUCGUCACGUGGAAACUCAAGGACACGGUGUUGAAGAGCAUGGACCGACUUAAGAUCGAGAACGAGGAUUAUCAUACUACGUUCAUCUUCAGUAAGCUCCAGCGCUCGGACACCGGCACUUAUACCGUCAUCGCCAAGAACGACAGCGGCACCGAUCAAGUUGACGUCGAGCUUCAGGUGCUGAGCAAACCCAGCAAACCGAAAGGACCGCUCGAUGUGUCCGACGUCACGGCCGAAGGUUGCAAGCUGAAAUGGAACAAACCCGACGACGACGGUGGCGAGCCGGUUGACCAUUAUGUCAUCGAGAGAAUGGAUGUAGAUACAGGACGUUGGGUACCAUGCGGUACCAGCAAGACACCGGAGGCAGAUGUUUCCGGUUUAAACGAGGGCAAGGAUUAUCAAUUCCGUGUCAAAGCUGUUAAUUCCGAGGGCGAAUCCGAACCUCUGGAAACGUCGACACCGACAACCGCGAAGAAUCCUUACUCCGAGCCCGAUGCGCCCGAUAAACCCGAAUUGAAAGACUGGUCGAAGAAUCAUGCAGACUUGAAAUGGAAGGCCCCGAAGAAAGACGGCGGCGCUCCCAUAGAGAAGUACAUCAUCGAGAAAAAAGACCAGUACGGCAAAUGGCAAAAGGCCGUAGAAGUUCCAGGCAACAAGACCGAAGCCAGAGUGCCAGAUCUCAUCGAAGGUCAAAAGUACCAAUUCCGAGUUAAAGCUGUGAACAAGGGUGGCCAGAGCAAGCCCAGCGAGCCCAGCGAUACCUUGACCGCCAAGGAUCGUUACGCCGCGCCCAAGAUCGACCGCACCAAUCUGAAGGACAUCACGAUCAAGGCCGGUAACAUUAUUCGGCUGGACGUCAAAGUCACAGGCGAACCGCCGCCAAGCAAGACCUGGUUCCUUAACAAGGCCAAACAGGAGUCUGGUAACGUUCUCACCAUCGAGGUGGAGGACUAUAAGACCAAGUUCGUGAUCUCGUCGGCGACCAGAGCGCACUGUGGCACGUUGACCUUAAAGGCGGAGAACAGCUCCGGCAAAGACGAAGCGUCUAUCGAGAUUCUUGUGUUAGACAAGCCGAGUAAACCCGAAGGACCGCUCAAAGUAUCCGACGUGCACAAAGAAGGUUGCACCCUCAAGUGGAAUCCGCCCUUGGACGACGGCGGCGCGCCUUUGGAUCAUUAUGUAGUCGAGAAAAUGGACACAGAGACCGGCAGAUGGAUACCGGUCGCACGAACCAAAGAACCUAACAUGGUAGUGGAAAAUUUGGUGCCCGGGCAGGAGUAUAAAUUCCGAGUCGCGGCUGUGAACGCGGAGGGCGAGUCCGAACCGUUGGAGACGGAGCAUGGAAUCAUCGCUAAGAAUCCAUUUGAUGAACCUGGCGCACCAGGACGUCCGGAAGCGACCGACUGGGAUAAGGAUCACGUGGACCUGCGAUGGACUCCGCCGUUGAAAGACGGCGGAUCUCCAAUCACCGGAUACGUGAUUGAGAAGCGAGAAAAGGGCGCGCCUAAAUGGAUCAAAGCCUGCGAGACCGGACCGGAUUGUAAGGGUCGCGUCGACAAUCUCGACGAGGGUGUCGAGUAUGAGUUCAGAGUCAAAGCCGUUAAUGCCGCGGGACCUGGCGAACCAUCCGAUGCCAGCAAACCCAUCACCGCCAAGAGUCGAAGACUUGCACCGAAGAUUGAUAGACGAAACCUGCGUGACAUAACAGUGCGCGAGAACGAAGCGUUUCACUUUGAUGUCAAGAUCAUCGGCGAGCCGCCGCCAGACGUCACAUGGGUGAUCAACAACAAGAGCAUUCAGCAGACCACACACCGCAGGAUACAGAACGUACCCUACAACAGCAAAUUCUUCAAUGAUAAGCCCGAGCGCAAGGAUAGCGGCACUUACAAGAUUACAGCGGUCAAUCAGCACGGAUCCGAUACCGCCGAAGUCGAAGUUACCGUUAUCUCCAAACCUGGCAAGCCGGAAGGACCACUGGAGGUAUCCGAUGUGCACAAGGAAGGAUGCACGCUUAAAUGGAAGAAACCCAAGGACGACGGUGGAGAACCGAUCGAAGGUUACCUUGUGGAGAAGUUUGAUCCGGAGACCGGAGUCUGGUUACCGAUCGGGAAAACCACUGGACCCGAGAUGAAAGUCGAGGGUCUUACACCUGGACACGAAUACAAAUUCCGCGUCAAGGCACUCAACAAGGAAGGAGAAUCUGAACCACUGGAGACCUUCACCUCCAUCAUAGCUAAAGAUCCGUUUACCGUUCCAGCUGCACCUGGAGCACCAGAGCCGGUCGAUUGGACGGCUAACCAAGUCGAGCUUGCUUGGAAAGAGCCCGUCAGCGACGGCGGAUCACACAUCACAGGCUACAUCAUCGAAAAGAAAGAUAAAUACAGCACAAUGUGGGAGAAGGCUUUGGAGACCGAAACACCGGUCACCAAAGCUCUGGUGCACGGUCUGAUAGAAGGCAACGAUUAUCAAUUCCGCGUAAUCGCCGUGAACAAAGCCGGCCAAUCUGAACCCGGUGAAGCUAGCAAGACGUUCACCGCUAAACCACGUUUCUUGGCCCCGAAGAUCGACAGGCGCAAUCUGAGGGACGUUACUCUCUCCGCUGGCUCGAUGCUAAAGUUCGACGCCAACGUGAUCGGCGAGCCACCGCCCCAUAUCGAGUGGCGUUACGGCGCGAUACCGCUUCAUUCCGAUCGCAAAGUGCAAAUCGACAACAGCGACUACAGUACCAAGUUCAGCAUACGUCCGGUGUCGCGGGACGACAGUGGCGAUUACACCGUCACGGCCAGUAAUUCAUCGGGCAAGGACUCGGUGACGGUGCAGGUGACAGUAACGGACAAGCCGACGCCGCCUGAGGGUCCGCUCCAGGUGUCGGACGUGCACAAAGAGGGAUGCAAGUUGAAGUGGAAGAGACCUAAGGACGACGGUGGCACGCCUAUUGAGUACUACCAGGUGGACAAGAUGGACCCGGAGACCGGAUGCUGGGUACCUUGUGGUCGUUCCACCGAGCCAAAUCUCGAGGUGACAGGUCUAACACCUGGCAAGGAGUACCUCUUCCGGGUAUCCGCAGUCAAUGCCGAGGGCGAAUCGAAGCCUUUGGAAGCGGAGCAAGCAAUAGUAGCCAAGAAUCCAUUCGACGAGCCGGGCAAACCGGGUGAUCUUCAAGCCACCGACUGGGACAAGGACCAUGUCGAUCUCAAAUGGACUCCACCGGACAAAGACGGCGGUUCGCCGAUCACCGGUUACGUAAUCGAGAAGAAAGACAAGUACGGUGAAUGGGAGAAAGCGCUGGAGGUGCCCGCGGACGAGACUUCCGCCACCGUGCCGGAUCUUAUCGAGGGACAGCCGUACGAGUUCCGCGUGCGAGCCGUGAACAAGGCUGGCCCGGGCGAACCGUCGGAUGCCACUCCGACCAUUAUCGCAAAACCGCGCAACCAAGCGCCCAAGAUUGACCGUACUAAUCUGAUCGAGGUGAGAAUUAAGGCCGGCCAGAACUUCAGCUUCGACUGCAAGGUGACGGGCGAGCCGCCGCCGACGACCAAAUGGAUGUUGAACGGCAAGGAAGUCCGGCCGACCGAUCGCGUCAAGGUGAAGCACGUAGACUACAACACCAGUCUGAACGUGCGAAUGGCCACGCGAGCGGAAUCCGGCAAGUACACCGUCAUCGCGGAGAACAUUAACGGUCGAGACGAGGCCUUUGUCAAGGUGACCGUGUUGGAUAAGCCAAGCCCGCCUCAGGGUCCACUACGUACGUCCGACGUGCACGCCGAGGGUUGCAAACUCUCGUGGAAGCCGCCGGAGGAUGACGGUGGACAACCGGUCGAGAAAUAUGUCGUGGAAAAGAUGGACGAGGCCACGGGACGUUGGGUGCCAGCUGGAGAAACUGACGGACCAGAAACAAAUCUGCAAGUGGAGGGUCUGACGCCAGGGCACAAAUAUAAAUUCAGAGUGAGGGCUGUCAACAAGCAGGGCAAGUCUGAGCCACUCACCGCUAUGCAAAGCACUGAGGCGAAGAAUCCCUUCGACGAACCAGGAAAGCCGGGUACGCCCGAGGUGGUUGACUACGACAGGGACUUUGUCGAGCUUCAGUGGAAGCGUCCUGAGGAAGACGGCGGAUCACCAAUCACUGGCUACAUCAUAGAAAAACGUGACAAGUACAGUCCAACUUGGGAGAAGUGCGCGGAGGUCGAUGGUGACACGAAUCGCGGCAAGGUCAACGACCUGGUCGAGGGAACGCAAUACGAAUUCCGCGUGAGGGCCGUCAACAAGGCUGGUCCCGGCGAACCGUCGGAAGCGUCCAAGUCCCAUCUGGCGCGACCUAAGAACCUUCCACCGAAGAUCGACAGGAAAUACAUGCUGGAUGUGAAGGUGCGCGCCGGCGGUUUCUUCGACUUCGACGUGCCGGUGAUCGGCGAGCCGCCGCCAAGUAAAGAAUGGUCGCUCAAGGGCGUCACAGUGAUGGCGAGCGAUCGCAUCAAGAUCACCAACGAAGACUAUAAUACCAAGAUACGUAUAAUAGAAGCAAAACGUUCCGAUUCAGGCGUCUAUACACUGGAGGCCAGAAAUGUGAACGGCAAGGAUUCCGCCACGUUGACGGUGAACGUGCUGGACGUACCCUCGCCACCUGAGGGUCCGCUGAAGAUCGACAACGUUACCCGAAGUGGCUGCGCCCUGAGGUGGCGGCCGCCCAAGGACGAUGGCGGCUCCGAGAUUCAGUACUACCAGGUCGAGAAGAUGGAUACGGAGAACAUGCGCUGGGUGCCUGUGGCCGAGGCUACUAACACCUCAGCGCAGGUAGGCCACCUGAUCGAAGGUCACGAUUAUCAGUUUCGCGUGCGGGCGGUCAAUAAACAGGGUGAGUCCCAGCCGUUGACCGGAAUGGAUACCAUCACCGCUAAAGAUCCAUUUGCCAAACCGGACAAGCCUGGAACACCGGUUGCCACCGAUUGGGAUAAGGAUCACGUGGAUCUCGAAUGGGCGCCGCCUAAGAAGGAUGGUGGAUCGCCUAUAACCGGCUACAUCAUCGAGAAACGACCCCGUUACGGACAGUGGGAGAAGGCGGUCGAAGUGCCCGGAAAUAAGACCAGCGCCAGAGUACCGGAUCUGACCGAGGGUCAGGAGUACGAGUUCAGGGUCAUUGCCGUUAACAAGGGUGGACCUGGCGAGCCGUCCGACGCGUCAGGACCGAUUGUCGCCAAACCGCGUUUCAUCGCUCCUUCGUUCGACAUUCAUUUGCUGAACGAUUUGGUGGUGCGCGCCGGUCAGAAGAUCAGAUACAACAUUCCCAUCGUUGCGUCUCCUAAACCAAAGGCAACUUGGAAUCGCGAUGGAGUUGAGAUCGUGGCCGAUGCUCGUCACGAAAUGUACACUACCAACACUGAAACUUCCUUUGAAAUUCCGUUCUCCGUUCGUGGCGAUACCGGACGUUACACCUUGACUUUGGAGAAUGAGCAUGGCAAUUUUAGUGCCAGCGCGAGAGUCACUGUCCUCGACAGACCGGCCCCACCGGAGAAACCGCUGGAUAUCAGCAACGUUACCAAAGAAGGUUGCCACUUGGCCUGGGGACAUCCUCUCGACGACGGCGGUAGUCCUAUUCUGCACUACGUCAUCGAAAAGAUGGAUCUAUCUCGUGGAACUUGGUCCGACGCCGGCAUGAGUAUGGUGCUGAGUCACGAGGUCAAUCGUUUGACCCAUCGUAAGGAAUACCUGUUCCGCGUCAAGGCUGUUAACAACAUCGGUGAAUCCGAUCCGCUCGAAACCACGAAGAGCAUUAUCGCGAAGAACGAGUUUGAUGAACCAGACGCGCCUGGCAAACCACAGAUCACAGACUGGGACAAGGACCAUGUAGAUCUGGAAUGGCCAGCGCCGAAGAGCGACGGCGGAUCGCCGAUUAAGGGCUAUAUCGUCCAAAAGAAGGAGAAGGGCAGCCCUUACUGGGUGAAUGCGGUGCACGUGCCAGCGGGUCAAAACAGCACGACCGUUCCGGACCUGACGGAAGGUCAAGAGUACGAGUUCCGUGUGAUCGCUGUCAACGCCGCCGGUCAAUCCGAACCGUCGGAACCAAGCGAUCUUGUCACUGCCAAACCACGUUACUUGGCCCCGAAGAUCAAAACCCCCUUGCAAGAUGUUCGUAUCAAAGCUGGACUGAUUUUCCACGUCGACAUCGAUUUUGUCGGCGAACCGACACCGGAGGUGACGUGGAGCGUAGGAAGCAACGAAUUGACUUCCAACGACAGAACGACGAUUACAUCGAUCGGCUAUCACACGAUUGUGCACAUUGUCAACGCCAAGAGAUCCGACUCGGGAUUGUAUCACUUGUUGCUGAAGAACAGCAGCGGCAUAGAUGAGGGCAGCUUCCAAAUGACCGUCUUGGACAAACCUGGACCACCAGAGGGUCCUUUGCAAUACGAAGAAAUCACCAGUCAGUCCGUCACGCUCUCGUGGAAGCCACCCAAGGAUAAUGGUGGCAGCGAGCUUACCGGAUACAUCAUUGAAAAACGCGAUCUUACGCAUGGUGGUGGCUGGGUACCAGCAGUUACACACGUUAAUCCUAAGUAUAAUCAUGCAACUGUGCCAAGAUUGCUUGAGGGAACCACAUAUGAAUUCCGUGUAUGCGCAGAAAAUUUACAAGGUCGCUCCGAGCCGCUGACCACCGACCGAUCCGUCGUUGCCAAGAAUCAAUUCGUGGUUCCUGGACAACCUGGCAAGCCGGAAUGCGUGGACGCUGACAAGGAUCACAUUAAGAUUAAAUGGACCGCACCCAUCAGCAACGGCGGCUCCAAGAUCAUCGGCUAUGACGUGGAGCGACGCGAUCGCGCCACUGGUCGUUGGAUAAAACAAAAUAAAGAGCCCGUCAGGUAUCCCGAAUAUUACGACGACCAUGUAACCGAGGGUCAUCAAUACGAAUAUCGUGUGUCGGCUAUAAAUGCCGCUGGUGCUGGAAAACCAAGCGAUACCUCGUCCGUAUUUACGGCCAAACCCAUGAAGGAGAAGCCGAAGCUUCAUCUGGACGCUCUGAUCGGCCGCAAGAUCAAGGUUCGCGCUGGAGAACCGAUCAACGUCAAUAUACCGUUAUCCGGCGCACCUACGCCAAAGAUCGAAUGGACCAAAGAUGGAAGAUCGCUUACGGAGACUCUUCGUUUAUCGACCGAAACCAAGAGCGACCGAACGCAGCUGUUGAUCGAGAAAUCCGUGCGAGAUGACAGCGGCAUGUAUACCGUGACCGCGUCGAACGAGCACGGAAAGGAUUCCGCCGACAUCGAGGUGAUAGUCGUGGACAAGCCUGGACCGCCUCAGGGUCCUUUGCAAUACACUGGCACGACGCAGGAAUCCGUCGGGCUAUCCUGGAAUCCACCGGCGGACAAUGGCGGCUCCGACAUCACGAAUUACAUCGUCGAAGUGUCGGACUACGGAUCUGACAAUUGGCGACAAGUACCCGGAUAUGUUCCCAGGACGAACUUCACGGCAAGGGGCUUAAUUGAAGGCAGAAAAUACGUCUUUAGGGUCCGCGCCGAAAAUAUGUAUGGAGUGUCGGAGCCCUUGGAGGGCAAACCCGUGAUCGCCAAGAGCCCCUACGAUCCGCCAGAUGCGCCGAGUCAGCCUGAGAUCCUCGGUUAUACUCCUAACAGCUGCAGUCUCACGUGGAAUCCGCCUAUCAACACUGGUGGAAAGCCUAUCACUGGAUAUUAUGUGGAGAGACGUGAGCGUGGCGGUGAAUGGUUGAAAGUCAACAACUACCCGACACCGAACACGACAUUCACUGUGCAGGAUCUUCAUGAAGGUUCGCGAUAUGAAUUCAGAGUAAUCGCUGUCAAUGAAGCUGGACCUGGAAAACCUAGUAAACCCACCGAACCUAUCACAGCUGGACACCAACGCCUGCGUCCCGAUGCACCGGAACCGCCUAAAGCAGACAGGAUCACCAAGGAUUCGGUGACCUUAAGCUGGCGACCACCGCGAAGCGAUGGUGGCGCGAAGAUCAGAGGCUACAUCAUACAGAAAAAGGCCAAGGACGACGACGACUGGUCGGACGUGAACGGCGCACCUAUACCGAGCAAUGUGUACACCGUGCCGAAACUGAAGGAGGGCGAGGAGUACCUCUUCAGAGUGUUCGCGGUGAACGACGUCGGUAGCAGCGACCCGAGCCGACCCAGCAAUCCUAUUGUCAUCGAGGAGCAACCCAACAAGCCGGUCAUGGAUCUCGGUGGAGUUCGCGACAUCACCGUUCGCGCCGGCGAGGACUUCUCUAUUCAUGUGCCUUACAUAGGUUUUCCGAAACCGACCGCCACGUGGUUCGCCAACGACGUCAUUAAGGAUGAAACCGAUUCACGUGUCCAUCAGCAACUGGCCGAUGAUUUCGCCAGUCUGGUGGUGAAGAAUGCGAAACGUUCGGACGGAGGACAAUACAGACUUCAACUACGCAACUCGUCCGGCUUCGAUACGGCGACUGUCAACGUCAAAGUCCUCGAUCGUCCUUCCCCACCUGAGAAUCUCCGCGCAGAUGAAUUUGGCGGUGACGCUCUUACUCUUUUCUGGAAUCCGCCCAAGGAUAACGGCGGUGCUGAUAUCACUAAUUACGUGAUUGAGAAGAAGGAGCCGAAGGCCGCCACGUGGUCCAAGGUGAGCAGCUAUGUCACGACACCGUUCGUGCGGGUCAGGAAUCUGACGGUCGGACAGGUGUACGAAUUCCGAGUGAUGGCCGAGAAUCAGUAUGGCACAUCGGAUCCGGCGACGACGAUCGAUCCGAUCAAAGCACGACAUCCGUUCGAUCCGCCGGGCGCUCCCGGCGCACCUCGCGGCGUGGAGACCACCGAAGACAGCAUCACCAUCACCUGGAGCAAGCCGCGUCACGAUGGUGGUUCGCCGAUCAUCGGUUACAUCGUCGAGAAGCGUCUCCUGAGCGAGGACAAGUGGGUCAAGGCUACUCCGGCUCUGGUGCACGAUACCACUUACAAGGUCACAGGACUGAUCGAGAAUCACGAUUAUGAAUUCCGAGUAGCUGCGGAAAAUGCCGCCGGCCGUGGACCAUGGAGCUCCAACUCCGACGUUAUUCGCGCCAGCGCACCACCAUUCCCACCGAAGAUCACGAGCGAUCUCAGCAUCCGCGACAUGACCGUUAUCGCAGGAGAACCGUUUACCAUUACGGUGCCGUAUACGGCUAAUCCUAGACCAAGACCUAACUGGUCCAUCAACGGCGAGGAGGUCCUCACCGGCGAAAGAAUCAAGUUCGAGACGACCGAUGUGGCCUCGCAGUUCAUCAACAAGAAGGCGAAGAGGUCUGACACUGGCACAUACACGAUAUACCUCACAAACACCGUUGGCACCGAUUCCGCCUCGUGCAAAGUUCUCGUUGUCGACAAACCGUCGCCACCGCUGGCGCCCUUGGACAUCUCCGAUAUCACUCCGGAAACCUGCACGCUAACGUGGAAACCGCCCUUCGACGAUGGCGGUUCGCCGAUCACAAAUUACAUCGUCGAGAAACUGGAUCCGGCAGGCUACUGGGUGAAGCUCAGCAGCUUCGCGAGAAGCACGCAUUACGACGUGAUCGGUCUGGAGCCAAAUCGCACGUACAACUUCCGAGUAAGAGCGGAGAAUCAGUACGGAAUAUCCGAUCCGCUUCAGGCAGACGAGCCGAUAACGGCCAAGUUCCCGUUCACGGUGCCGGAUCCGCCCGGACAGCCGCGUGUCAUCGACUGGGACACCUCGAACGCGACGGUGGUCUGGACAAGACCACUGUCCGAUGGAGGAUCUCGCAUUCAGGGCUACAAGAUCGAAUUCCGCGAUCCCGCCGAGGAUGUGCAAUGGCGUGUGGCGAACGACUACCUCUUCAAGGACACCACGUACGUGUGCUAUGGUCUAAUGAGCGGACACGAGUACGAAUUCAGGAUCCGCGCGAAGAACGCGGCCGGUUUCAGCAAACCGAGCCCGCCGUCCGCGCCGUUCAGACUCAAGAGCAAGUUCAACGUGCCAUCGCCACCAGGCACGCCGCAGGUCACCAAGGUCGGCAAAAACUACGUCGAUCUACGAUGGGAACCGCCCGUGUCCGACGGCGGCAGCAGGAUCACCGGCUACGUGAUCGAGAAACGCGAAGUGGGCAGCGCAAUGUGGUCCAAGUGCAACGAGUACAACGUCGUCGAUACCGAGUACACGGUCAUGCACCUGAUCGAGCGGGGCGACUACGAGUUCAGGAUCUUCGCGGUGAACGCGGCCGGCAGGUCCGAGCCGAGCUCGUGUACCACCCCAGUGAAAAUCUGCGAGGUCGAGGGUGGCGAAAAACCGGAGUUUAUCAGGAAUCUGCCCGUCAGUCAAAUCAUACCGCUCGGCAAGACCCUCGUCCUCGAGUGCGAGGCCACGGGUAAACCACUACCGACUGCCAGGUGGCUGAAGAACGGCCGUGAGAUCACCCUGGGCGGUCGCUUCCGUGCUGAGGCGAUAAACGGAAUCUAUAGACUGGUUAUUUCCGAGGUAUGGGAUGCGGACGACGGGGAUUACAGCUGUCAGAUAUCGAAUCAGCUCGGCGUCGCCGCGACCACGUGCCGGCUAAAGAUUGGCACACCACCGCGUAUCGAGCGCAUGCCGGGCGAUCUCUAUCUGCCGGAGGGCGACAAUACGAAGAUCAAGAUCUACUACAGCGGCGAUCAGCCAAUGGAAGUGACGCUGAAGAAGGACGGUCACAAGAUCGUAGAAACCACGCACAUCAAAUAUACCGUCUUCGACGAGUACCUCAUCAUCUUCAUCAAGGACAUUCAGAAAGAUGAUGCCGGCACUUAUGAUCUGUCCAUCUCCAACGACAGCGGCAGCGUGAGCGCGUCCUUCACCGUAUAUAUCACCGGAUUACCUGGACCACCGACUGGACCGCUCGAUGUCUCCGAUAUCGACAAGCAUACAUGCACCCUAUCCUGGCACCCGCCUAAAUACGACGGCGGUCUUCGGAUCACCCAUUAUGUGGUUGAUCGUCGUGAUGUCAGUCACACGCACUGGAUCAUUGUGUCGUCCUUCUGCAGGGACACCACCUUUGUCGUGCAGGGUCUCACCGAGGGCCAGGAAUAUCUGUUCCGGGUGAUGGCGGCCAACGAUAACGGCAUGGGUCCACCGCUGGAGGGUAUCAAUCCGAUCAAGGCCAAGGCGCCGUUUGAUCCGCCGGGACCACCCGGUACACCCAAGGUCAUCGAGGUAGGCGGCGACUUUGUCAAUCUCUCAUGGGAGAAGCCGGAAACGGACGGCGGUGCGAAGAUUCAGGGUUACUGGAUCGAUAAGAGGGAGGUCGGCAGUCAGGCCUGGCAGCGCGUAAACGUCAGCAUCUGCCUACCGACGCAGAUCAACAUCAGUAAUCUGAUCGAAGGAAGGCAAUACGAGUUCCGAGUAUUCGCUCAGAACGUGGCUGGACUCAGUCCCGAGUCAAAGGCCUCGACCUCCGUGAAGAUCGUCGAUCCACAGGCGGCGAAACCUCCGGAGAUCAUUCAACCUCUUCACAAGGUGAAUUGCGUCCAGAACCACAACGCUCACUUCCAAUGCAAGAUCAUCGGCACGCCGAAGCCGAGCAUUACAUGGUUUAAAGGCGCCCGCGAGAUCGUGAGCGGCAGCCGCUACAACGUCUACUCCGAGGGCGAUACCCACAAUCUCAUCAUCCACGAUGUUUUCGGCGAGGACGCCGACGAGUACUUCUGUCGCGCGGCUAACAAGUGCGGCGUGAAAUCCACCAAGGGCGAGCUCUUCAUCAAGACGCCGCCCAGACUGAAUGUACCGCCGAGAUUCCGCGACACCGCCUUCUUCGACAAAGGCGUGAAUGUCGUUAUCAAGAUACCGUUCACCGGCUACCCAAAACCAAAGAUCACGUGGGUACGCGAAGGCGAGGUGAUCGAGUCCGGCGGUCAUUACGCCGUCGAGGUGAAGGAACGUCACGCCAUACUGACGAUCCGCGACGGCAGUCGCAUCGACUCCGGCCCGUAUCGCAUCACCGCCGAGAAUGAUCUAGGCCAGGACACGGCCAUCAUCAAGAUCCAGAUCAGCGAUCGUCCGGAUCCACCCAGAUUCCCGCAGGUGGAUAGCAUCGGCCACGACUCGCUGGCGGUUAGCUGGAAGCCACCGUUGUGGGACGGCGGCAGCAACAUCACCAACUACGUGGUGGAAAAACGCGAGCAUCCGAUGAGUACCUGGAUUCGGGCCGGCAACACCCGGUUCUGCACGCUUGCGGUAACCGGUCUGAGCCCCGGACAUCAGUACGACUUCCGUGUGUGCGCGGAGAAUAUCUAUGGUCGAUCCGAUCCGAGCGAGGUGACACCGCUGAUCACUACGAAGGGUGUGAUCAAGCGCGAGUUCAAGAAGAAGGAGUACGAGGUGGACGCGAGCGGCAAAAAGAUACGUGGACGCGACGACGAGAAGCCACGCGACUACGAUCAGUUCGUGUUUGACGUGUACAGCAAGUACGUGCCGCAGCCGGUCGAGAUCAAGCACACGUCGGUCUACGACAAGUACGACAUCCUCGAGGAGAUCGGUACCGGCGCGUUUGGCGUGGUGCAUCGUUGCCGCGAAAGGACCACCGGCAACAUAUUCGCCGCCAAAUUUAUCCCAGUGUCGCACGUGAUGGAGAAGGAGUUGAUCAGGAAAGAGAUCGACAUCAUGAAUCAGCUGCACCAUCCCAAGCUGAUCAAUCUGCAUGAUGCCUUUGAGGACGACGACGAGAUGGUGCUCAUUUUCGAGUUCCUGUCCGGCGGCGAGUUAUUCGAGAGGAUCACGGCCGAGGGUUACACUAUGUCCGAAGCAGAGGUAAUUAAUUACAUGAGGCAAAUCUGUGAGGGCGUCAAGCAUAUGCACGAAAAGAACAUCAUCCAUCUGGAUAUCAAGCCGGAAAAUAUCAUGUGUCAAACUCGUAACAGCACUAACGUAAAACUGAUUGAUUUCGGUCUGGCCACUAAACUCGAUCCGAACGAAGUAGUAAAGAUCAGCACAGGUACGGCCGAGUUCGCCGCUCCCGAGAUCGUCGAACGUGAGCCGGUCGGUUUUUACACCGACAUGUGGGCCUGCGGCGUACUGGCUUAUGUUUUAUUGAGUGGUCUUUCGCCGUUUGCGGGUGACAAUGAUAUCGAGACCCUGAAAAAUGUGAAAGCAUGUGACUGGGACUUUGAUGAGGAGGCAUUCCGCGACGUUUCCGAGGAGGGCAAAGAUUUCAUCAGGCGACUACUCAUUAAAAACAAAGAGAAGCGCAUGACAGCACACGAGUGUCUCGUUCAUCCGUGGUUGACCGGCGAUCAUAGCAAGUGGACCAACCCGAUCGCCAGCAGCCGUUACCUCAGCAUUAGGGACAGAUUGCGUGCCAAGUACGAGAAUUGGGACAAGUACGUCCUUCCCAUCGGCCGCCUAGCCGAGUACUCGUCGCUCAGGAAGCUUUUGAUCGAGAAAUACAGAAUCUACGAUUCUUGCUUCGAUCGUCGACAAGCGGCGCCCAGAUUUGUUAUCAAGCCGCAAAGCGCGUUCGCCUACGAGGGACAGAGCGUGAAGUUUACCUGUCGCGUGAUCGCAAUCGCGGCGCCGACGCUGACCUGGUCGCACAACAAUCAAGAGCUACGGCAGUCCGUCAAAUUCAUGAAACGGUACCACGGUGACGAUUAUACCUUCAUCAUCAAUAGAGUUAAGCUGGAAGACCGAGGAGAGUACAUCAUACGCGCGGAGAAUCACUAUGGAUAUCGCGAGGAGGUUGUCUUCCUUAAUGUACAACCACUGCCGAGAGAAAUUCCAAAAUAUAGGCCCGAGUUGCAUCCGGUACGCAGACGAGAACCGCUCGGCUACAAUGUAUGGCUGGAGAUGAUCGAGUCGGCGCCGAGCUUUACCUUCCUGCUACGACCACGUGUCAUCCAGAUCAGGCAGACAUGCAAGCUGCUCUGCUGCCUGAGCGGUAACCCACCGCCCACUGUAAAAUGGUACAAGGAUAGAGAAGAGUUAUCCAAGUAUAACUAUCCUAUGAGCAACGCCGACGGGGUCGUCACGAUGGAGAUCAUUGACUGCAAGCCGGAAGACAGCGGCAAAUAUCGCUGCGUGGCUAGCAACAAGCACGGCAAGGACGAGACCAGUUGUGUGGUCAUCGUAGAAGGCACUGGAGAAACGGAGGAGCAAGUAAAAUUAGCGCACGAUUUCCUACAUUCCGGAGAUCGAAGGUUUAUCGAGCAACCACUAAAACCAGCACCACCGCCGAUCGUGACAGUCCACAAGUCUAGCGGUUACAGCGGCUACAGUUCCACCACCCAAGGUCAAUCAAGCUCAUCGCAUAAUUACAGCUCCACCUCUUCCUAUGGCAAACACAAUUCCACGACUUCCUCUUCGUAUAAGGAUAGCUCCAGUCUCAAAAUUAACGAAUCUUCCGACAAACGAAGCGUGAAAACAUACGGCUCGAAGCUCGACACCACCGGCAGUCCAUCUCGAUCUAGAAGUUCGACCAAAGAACUCAUCCUACCCUCGGAUGACUCGAUGAGAUCGCCGCAGUUUACACAGAAGCUUAAAAACCUCACGGUCAACGACGGCGAACAACUGGAGCUCAAAGUCAAAGUUGAGGGCGACCCGGAACCGCAAAUCACUUGGAGUAAAGACGGCAAGCUGCUAAGCUCGUCGGAGGUCAUCGAUCUCAAAUACAAGAAUGGAGUAGCUGUUCUCACAAUCAACGAAGUAUUCCCCGAGGAUGAAGGCGAAUACACGUGCCUCGCGACCAACAGCAUCGGUAGUGACACGACAUCUUGCAAACUGACCAUAAAAGCCGGGGAAAAUGCAGCUGGAAAGAAGACGAGCGACGACAAAUCGCCGAAAAUCGUGGACCACCUGUCGAGCAAGUACGUGAAGGAUGGCGAAGCGGUGACACUUAGCUGCCGAAUAAUCGGUGCCAAGAAGUUCGACGUGGUGUGGCUGCACAACAAUAAAGAGAUCAAGCCUAGCAAGGACUUCCAGUAUACUAACGAGGCUAACAUCUACAAGCUAGUCAUCGCCGAAAUAUUCCCCGAGGACUCCGGCACUUACACGUGCGAAGCUUUCAAUGAUGCAGGAGAGAGCUACUCGUCGUGCACGUUAAACGUACUCGCUCAAAAUGAAGAGCCGAAGAGCCCAGCGUUCGCGACAUUCCCGCAGUCUGCAACAGUGAGCGAAGGCGAGUCGGUGACUUUCACGUGCAAGACUGAUACCGUGCCUUUGAAAGUAACCUGGCUGAAGGACGGCAAGGCAAUCCCCGAGACCAGCAGCAGAUACCACUUCAGCUCGGAUGGCAACACGUCCUUCGAAUUCGGCAUGAAGACCUGCACGGCCAACGACGUUGGUCAAUAUUCAGCACGUGCGAUCGGACAAAAGGGCGAAACAAACUCGGCGUUCGCCCUUAAUGUCGUCAACCCCGGCGAGCUGUGAUCUUAGUACCGGGAUGAUUGUCCAUCGCAAGCCGCGAAUCGGAGAGUAUCUACUCCAGUAUAUUCUUCGCGGAGAAAACACCGGAGAUCGAUUCACAGAUAUAAGAGCGCAUGUAUUUCUUUUUUUUUU